AGAAACACACACUUCUCUCUUUUCGAUGGUUGACGCAAAGCACAACUCUUUGGUGUCUCAAAAAUCAUAAACAGUGCUCCUAAGCCUAAGAGCGAAGGACCUGAGAAUUUAAUCAAAGGGCUGUGUGUUUGUGUUUGUGUUUUUCGGGUUCGUAAACAGAGAGUCUGGUUUUGUUUGAUGGCGGAUUCGUCGAAAGAAGAGUUGGUUCAGCUGAUAAAGCGCUUCGGCACUUAUCUCACCGUCAAGAUUUCCAAUCAUCUCCCGAUCUCUCUCCAGCGCCUGGAUUCACGAUCUGUUGGGGCUGUUGCGGGGCUUGCUUUUGCAAUAGUCUUCACUUGGAGGCUUUUGAGAUCACCUAGUCUGCCUCCGAGAAGGCAACCCAAACGGCAAGCUGGUACACCUAGUAGUUCUUCUGUUAGUACCCAUUCCAAUGCAACUUUGGUACCCUCUGGUAGUUCUUCGUCCUUGGAGGAUUCAAGAGCUCAAAAUGUUGUUGACGAGUUCUUUCAGCCAGUAAAGCCAACUUUGGGGCAAAUUGUAAGGCAGAAAUUGAGUGAAGGAAGAAAGGUAACAUGUCGUUUGGUUGGAGUAAUUCUUGAAGAAAGUAGUCCAGAGGAUCUUCAGAAACAAGCAACUGUGAGAUCCGCUGUGCUGGAAGUACUAUUGGAAAUCACAAAAUUUUGCGAUCUUUAUCUCAUGGAAAGAGUUUUGGAUGACGAAAGUGAAAAAAAGGUUCUUAUGGCUCUAGAAGAUGCUGGGGUUUUCACAUCUGGUGGUUUGGUCAAAGACAAGGUUCUUUUCUGUAAUACAGAGAAUGGGCGGUCAUCUUUUGUACGGCAAUUGGAGCCAGAUUGGCAUAUUGACACAAAUCCGGAAAUCAUUUCUCAGUUAGCUAGAUUCAUCAAAUACCAACUUCACAUAUCUGCUAUCAGACCCGAACGGACUGCUCCAAACGUAUUCAGUGCCCCAACCCUGGAACAGUUCUUUGGAUGUGUUUGACACUGAAACCAGUAAAAAGAUGCAAAUAUAAUUUUAAACUUUUACUAGGUCGUCUUUUCUUCCAUUUGGAUUUUAUUCAUAGCUUAAGUUUCUGGUCAUUACAGCUAAUGUUCCUUGGGUGCUCUUGUACCGUUGGUAUUGAUAUCAUCUGUCUGUAUUCCUCCAAUGCCCCAAGGGAGAGAAGUUUUCUUUCAUUGAAAUUUGUGUAAUAGAUCUGUUCAUGUCCCAACUCCAUGGGAUAUUUCACCAAAAAGUUGAUGUUUGUAUUUUUAUGGCAAUAAUUUUGGUGUUCCAUCA